AUGAGGUUGGGGCAAGAGAGCUCAGGACUCUGGGAGCCAGCAGUGGGAGAAACACCUUUUCUCCCAGGUGUGUCUAGGAAACCAUCCCUGUCAGUCUUGCCAGCGCCGGUGGUUGCUCCUGGACAGAGCCUGACCCUCCAGUGUCGCUCUGAUGUCGGCUACGACAGAUUCGCUCUGUCCAAGGAGGGCGCACGGGACCCUCCCCAGCUUCUUGGCCGACAGCCCCAGGCUGGGCUCUCUGGGGCAGACUUCUACCUGGGCCCUGUGAGACCCUCCCACGGGGGCCGGUACGUAUGCUAUGGUGGACGCAAGCUCUCCUCUGAGUGGCCGGCCUCCAGUGACGCCCUGGACAUCCUGGUCGCAGGUGAGGAGUCAUAUCCCAGCUCACACUCCCACUUUUCUUGGAUUGGCGUUUCAGGGUCUUUUUGGAAGUGGGGGCAGGGAGCACAGGCAGAGAGAUGGCAGGACAGGAAAGGGCAAUCUUUUUUUUUUUUUUCCAGAAUGCAAAUAUUCUUUGGUUUACUCAUCAAAAUCGCAAAUAACAAAAUAGCAAAAACCUUACCAUCUCUCCCAGUCCUGCUCCCACAGGGGCCAACUCCCACCCUGUCUGCCCAGCCGGGGCCCUCUGUGGCCCCGGGAGAGAAUGUGACCCUGCAGUGUCAGAGCCCCUGUUUGUUUGAUGUGUUCCUUCUGUCCAAGGAGGGGGAAGCGGGCCCCCCCCGCAUCAGAUCUCAGCACCAAAAUGGGGAAUUUCAGGCGAACUUUGACUUGUGCCCUGCGAUGCUGGACCACGGGUGGACUUACAGGUGCUACGGGUCACUCGGCAGUACCCCUUUUCUGCUGUCGCACCCCAGCGACCCCCUGAAGCUCAUGGUCACAGGUGAGGGGCUGUGCGAAUGUCUUCUUCCCCAUCCCGUCUGUCUAGUGUCUGGAUGACCCCAAGGCAGCCACUUCUCUGGAUGCACCUUGUCCUUCCCUCUUCUGCCCCACACCCCCCACUGGGCCCCGACCCAUGUGUGAAAUGCAGCAUCUCUGAAAAAGCCAGAAGACUUGCUUUUAUCUACUUCUUUAACAGGAAUGCAUUGACAUGGUCCAUCCCGGAAACUGUUCACAAAUGGGGUACAAAAAAGAGUAGUUACCUCUCAAUCUCUGCUAUCACUUGCUCAAUCCCCCAAAACCAACCCAACCACACUCACCUACCUUUUCCCCCCUGAACGUUCAGGGAGAACCUACAAACAUAUCUUCCAUGGGUGGACAAACAUCAACAUCUUAUAGACACAGUUCUGAUCAGCUCUAUUUUUAAAAAAUGAAAUACAUUCUAAAGAAUUAUCUGGUGUCAGUAACACAAAUCUCUUUUAAACUUUUUAAGGGUUGUAUAGUUGUUUCUUGCUUGAAAGUGUCAGGAUAUAUGUAUCCAGUACCCUAUAAUUUGGCAUUGGCAAUUUGUUUAUUCCCAGCCUUUUGAUAUUUCAGACUAUCCUGUGAUGAAUAUCCUUGCACAUACCUAAUGCACAGAGGUAUGUGGAAGCAAUUACCCCUCAUCUCUUGGUUAAAUUCUUAGAAUAGAAUAGCUUAGGCAAAGGAUGUUGUCAUUCAUUGUGUGAUAAAUACUGACACUCUCUCUUCCUAUGCCUCACUGUUUGCCACUCUUCAGUUUUGACUUAAAAUCCUUUUCCAAAUGACACCUUAGCUGGUGACCCUAUACAAAUACCCCAUUAACACCUUUUAUAAUUUUUAGAAAAGUGUUUAAUCAGUCCUAAAUGUAUUACAGACUUUUCUAUUUAUAGCUCCAUCUUAUCUGAUACACAUUUUUUCCUCCUUCCCCUUCUCCCCCCUUCCUCCUCCUCCUCUUCUUCUUCUCCUUCUUCUUCUUCCUCUUCCCCCUCUUCUUCUUCUUCUUCCUCUUCCCCCUCUUCUUCUUUCUUCUUCCUCCUCCUCCUCCUCCUCCUCCU